AUGGAAUCACCGGAGAUUCGCGGCGAUGGUUCUGAUGUGACGACGUUCGAGACGGCGGAGAAGAUAAUACUCCGGUGGGAUUCUACAACCUCAGAGGAAGCGAAAGAGAAUCUGAUAUUCCAAAGCGACCGCGAGGAAGUAGAUCGGUACUUGAGAGCCGUAGAUGAAGUCCAAAGACACAUCUCAUCAGUCUCCAUCUCCGACGAGCACAGUAGCCACCACGAAGUCAAAGCGAGCUCAACGAUACAAAUCGCCAUGGCUAGGCUUGAAGAUGAGCUUAGAAACAUCCUUCUCUUGCAGACUUCUACUUUCGAGCCUGACUCUCUUCUUCUCAUUUCGUCAGUUUCCUCUUUCGCUUCGCGUGCUGGCCUCGAAGAAGAUAACAGCGAGGGUGUUGCCGGAGACGAACAAGAGGAGCUGGAUCUGGUUCUACCGGACGAUUUGAGUUCGAAUUCGGGUUCGGGAGCCGGUUCGAGCCGGUUAUCGAGUGGGAGGAGCAAUUCCAAAUCCACGAGCAGCAUACGAGAGAUCGAUCUGGUUUCGCCGGAAGCUGUUUCCGAUCUGAGAUCGAUCGCUCAGCGGAUGAUCGGCGCCGGAUACUCCCGCGAAUGCGUCCAGGUGUACGGGAGCGUCCGGAAAUCCGCCAUGGAAGCGAUUUUCAAGCAGCUAGGGAUUGUGAAAUUGGGGAUCGGAGAUGUACAGAGGCUCGAUUGGGAAGCCGUGGAAGUGAAGAUCAGGAGAUGGAUCCGCGCGGCUAAGGUCUGCGUGAGAGUCGUCUUCGCAAGCGAGAAGCGACUCUCCGAGCAGAUAUUCGACGGCGGCGGCGCCGUGGAAGAGACGUGCUUCACGGAGAUCGUGAAAUCCUCUGCUCUGCAGCUCUUCACUUUCCCUGAAGCGAUAAGCAUCAGCAGAAGAUCACCGGAGAAGCUAUUCAAAAUCCUCGAUCUACACGACGCGAUUGCAGAUUUGCUGCCGGACAUGGAAGAGAUCUUCAGCUCCAACACAUCGGAAUCGAUUCUCGCUCAAGCGACUGAGAUUCAAUCGAGAUUAGCAGAAGCAGCGAGAGGGAUUCUCGUGGAGUUUGAGAACGCCGUGUUCCGUGAGCCUUCCGUUGUUCCUGUUCCCGGAGGAACAAUUCAUCCGUUGACGAGGUAUGUGAUGAAUUAUCUCAACUUGAUCUCCGACUAUAAGCAAACGUUGGUUGAUCUCAUCAUGUCGAAGCCUUGCGCCGGUUUGAAAUGCUCCAACGAUCCGAUCAAACCGGAUAUGGAUAUAACCGAGCUUCAAGGAAGGACUCCGUUAGCUUUACAUUGUAUAUGGACGAUGGUGAUGCUGCAAUUCAAUCUCGAAGGGAAGUCUCUGCACUACAAGGAAGAGUCUUUGUCACAGAUCUUCUUCAUGAACAAUAUUCAUUACAUUGUUCAGAAGGUGAAGAGCUCGCCGGAGCUGAGAGAGAUUAUCGGAGACAUGUAUUUGAGGAAGCUCACGGGGAUGUUCAGGCAAGCGGCGACGAAGUAUCAGAGAGCUACUUGGGUGAGAGUGUUGAGUAGCUUGAGAGACGAAGGGUUACAUGUGAGUGGGAGCUUCUCUUCCGGUGUAUCGAGAAGUGCGUUGAGAGAGAGGUUUAAGGCUUUUAAUGCUAUGUUUGAAGAGGUUCAUAGGGUUCAGUCGACGUGGUCGGUUCCGGAUGCUCAGCUUAGGGAAGAGCUUCGGAUAUCUUUGUCGGAGCAUCUGAUUCCGGCUUAUAGAUCGUUUCUUGGGAGAUUCAGGGGACAUAUAGAGAGUGGGAGACAUCCUGAGAACUAUUUGAAAUACUCUGUUGAAGAUCUUGAGACCGCUGUGUUGGAUUUCUUUGAAGGUUAUACCACAGCUCCACAUUUGAGAAGACGGUGA